AUGGCUCCUCAAUACCUGGUCCUCCUCUCCCUCCUGGCGCCGGCUCUCUGCGCGGUAGAUCUGGCGCCGCGGGCCUGCGGUCGCACGGUCGUAGCCAAGCAAGGCGACACCUGCGCCUCCGUCGCCAGCGCCUCCGGCACCACCGUCAGCCAGUUCCUCAAUCUGAACCCCACGCUGGCCAACUGCGCCCUCGUCGCGGGCCGCGAGUACUGCGUCAGCGACACCCCCGGCAGCGCCCCCGCCCCCACAACGACUUCGGCGCCGGCCGCCCCGCCCGGCACGACACCGCCGUCGGGCCUCAAGGUCAGCGAGGAGGGCGACUGCGGCGCCGGCGUGACCUGUCUCGGCUCCGGGUUCGGCGACUGCUGCUCCGAGCACGGGUACUGCGGCGGCUCGGCCGACUACUGCGGCUCCGGGUGCCAGGCCGCUUUCGGCAAGUGCGCGGUCGACACGGGGACGACGACGAUCGGGAAGCCGCCCGGCGGCGGCGGCGGUGGCGGGGCGACGAGCACGGUGACCAAGACGGCGUUCAAGACGGUGACCUCUGUCAUGGCGACGACGGUGACGGCGCCCGGGCCGGCAAACACAUUGUGUCCUAUUCAGGAGGGGUCUGUGAACAAUUGUGUCGAUUUCCACAAGGUGAGGCGAGGAGAAAACUGCGAGAAUCUCACUGCCGAGUAUGGCAUUACGACUUCACAGUUCAGGCGAUGGAAUCCCUCGGUGAGUGACGAGUUCUGA